AACAACCAACCGAAGACGCGAGAGCAGACUAGCAGAGCCCUCCGCCGGCCGCUCCGCGGCGCGCGUUCAGGCCGAGGCAGGCACCCCACACAGCCCGUGCGCGCGCCGCGCCCGGCCAAAAGCCCCAAAACCCCUGGCGCGGGCGGACGCGCCCACCGAAAACCCGCCGCCCCUCCCCUUCUCGUGCUCUCCCCGCCACGCCAUCGUAUGAGCCAGCGCCGCGCGCGCGGUCUCCUCGCGCCACCGCCCCACCCCACCCCAGUGCGCCCACUUCGUCGCCCUGCCUAGUCCGGUAGUCCCGCCACGCCGCGCUGGUCCGACCGCUCCCUCUGCUGCCGCUCUAUCAUCCGACGCCGCGGCCGAUGGAGUUCCCCGCCGCGGCUCGGGUGGCCCCGCGCCCGGCGCCCGCCGGUGGUUCCCUACCCGCCCGCGACCGGCGGGUCGGCGGGGGAGCGAUCGGGAUCGGCUAGCCCCGCCGUGCCGCGGCGCCGAAGCUCUCGCUGCUCCCCGCCGUCGCGAGACGAGCGGUCUCCGCGGCGGGAGGAGGAGGAGGCCACCUGCUUCCCAGGCGCUUCGUCGCUCGCUCGGCAGGCGGCGGCGAUGGGCGAGGACGCCGAGGGCGACCGAUCGUCUCCGGCGCGCGCGUCCCCGCCGGAUGCUGCGGUGGGUGCAAGUGCAACUACUGCGCGAAAUUCAGUGGGCGAUCAUCCUGAAGGAAUCAGGAGGGAGCUCAUCAAUCUGGCCGUGCCUGCCAUAGUUGGGCAAGCAAUCGAUCCUGUGGCGCAGUUACUGGAGACAGCAUAUAUUGGCCGUCUAGGUCCUGUGGAAUUGGCUUCAGCCGCUGUUGGUGUGUCAGUAUUCAACAUCAUAUCAAAGCUCUUCAACAUACCCCUCCUAAGCAUCACGACUUCAUUCGUAGCUGAAGAUGUUUCAAAGCAUGAUUCUUCACAGCUUGCUUCAGGAAAUAUAUCAAGCGAGAUUGGAGAAAGAAAGAGGCUGCCGUCCAUAUCUUCUGCUUUACUCUUGGCAGCUGCAAUCGGUGUCAUUGAAGCCUUGGCUUUGAUUCUGGGGUCUGGAAUGCUCCUCAACAUUAUGGGUGUCUCCCAAAUUGGGAUCGAGAGCAGGACCAUGGUGGUUUUUGCACCAGAAAGAACCCAGAUACAAGUUACAUUCAAGAAAUGUUGAUUCCAGGAGCUGAUUAGCCUGAUGGCGAGAUUAGGAUGCAAAAAGGGACUUAUGAAAGGCGCACUAAAAUAUCAAAACAUAUUUCCUUUAGCAUUAUGUUGACUUCUGUGAAUGUUUCCGACCAUUAGGUAGUUUUUAAACUUACAGUUCAAGAGUAAAGGUACAUCAGACAAAGUUCACUUGUAGGUCUCACAUAGGUGAUGAAUGUUCGAUAUUAUCUUCUCUGUGCUUGAAUUUGAAGCUGUAGACAGAACAUUGCAGACUAAUUUUAGGUCGAUCUGGUAAUUCAAACCAUACAGUUGAAACACCAUACAGAUUUUACUUGUAGGUUACACAUUGCUAAUGAUAGCUCAUUAUUUCUCCUGCCUGAA